AUGACCCGCUCAGGCCCAAGUGCCGCUGAUACGCCACUCUUGAGGGUGUCGAGACCCGUUUCUGCCUGUUCCAGAUGUCGAGCUGCGAAAAUAAAGUGUGAUGGCAAGUUGCCAGCUUGUACUGCAUGUGAAAAAUCAGGCCGAGCUGGUGAAUGUUCUAGUGCCAAUGACCAGUUUGCGAAGGGAAAGGAGAGGAGUUAUGUUGCCUCCCUUGAAUCCCGUGUCGAAAAACUCGAGAAAAGACUCGCCUACGCCAGAUCUCGAAAGGCUUCCGUGGCAAUGCAUGACGGGGAAGAGCCCGUGGAAGCUCCCGAUCGCAAAGAUUCCCUUGCGACGAUUCGCGCCGCAAUUCAUGGGAAGGCUGCCAGACGAAGAGAGGCGGCAGACGUCAAUGAGCUUGUGUCCGACUUUGGCUUCCUCUCGGUCAAUGCCACCACUCGUGAUUUUGAGUCCUCUACCACUAACAUGACCUUCGCGCGUCUCAUUCUGGCUGCCGCAAACAAUGAGCCAGUGCCCAAGUCGAAGCCUUUCCAACUCCCUUCGAGACCAGCCGCGAUGGCUCUGGUCCAGUAUUAUCUUGAUAAUGUUUUUGCACUAUUUCCCGUCUUUUCCGAAACUGCUUUAUUCAACGCUCUUGAUGCAGUUUAUCAAGAAAACGGCCGUCCUGUAACGGACUUUGAGCACUGGCUGUUGUAUAUGGUUCUUGCGAUCGGGGCCACUGGCCAAUCUCGAAGCAAUCAAGAUCCAUUUUAUGCUGAUGGCGUCCUCUGGGUCGGUCGUGCUUUGCGUUAUGCUGAUCGAGUUCUCAUGCCGGGCUACGUUUCUCAAAUACAGGCAUUGAUCUUGCUUGUUCAAUACUCGAUGCUGGACCCUGCUCAUUUCGACAGUUGGCAACUGAUUGGCUUUGCUUGUCGCGCUGUGGUGGAUCUUGGAUUUCAUCAAGAUCCUCCGAAGGAGCAGCAGACAGACAAGAAAACGCUUGAACUACGCCGUAGAAUAUUCUAUUGCGUCUAUUCUCUCGACAGGUCUAUUAGCAUGGUUCACGCCAGAUCUUUCUCAUUCACGGACGAUUCGACGAGUGUGGCUUUCCCAUCAGCACCAACUUUGGCUUCCUCUGCAGCAUCAACAAACUUAGUGACUGGGCCUCAUUCUAUUGACACUGCUCUGCUUCUAUUCCAGUUGCGGCAAGCUCAAUCCUCGUGGUACCAGGAACUGUUUCAGUCGAGUCGAGAUCCUCUGCAAAACUCCUCGACGUACAUUUGGCAAAUGUGUCAAGAGAUGCGCGAAUGGUCCGAGUCUUUUCCGGAUAGUUUACCCCUGGCAUUCAAGGAGUUCUUUGAUCUUGAGCUUCUGUAUAGCUAUGUUUACUGCCUUGCACCAUCCUGCAGGGUCCAAGCUGUGACCACGUAUGGGAAGACCUUGAUCUUCGAAUACAGCAUAGCAUAUAUGCAAAAGACAUUCCCUAUCAGCAGAGACCCCAUCAACACCGCCUUUUACACUUAUCACGACGCACUACGGGUAUUCUUCGUUGGCAGCCAGUUUCUUGCAGUUCUUUCCGAGAAUCAAGAUGACCUUCUGAAUGGGAUUGUGCCUUAUACCCCCACCCUCGCUGGUGCCCCACCGCCACCUCCUCUGCCCAGUAAUGCCGGGGUUGAUAAUAUUGAUAGGAGUAUCAAUUGCGUUACUCAUAUCAGAGAGACACUGAAGACGUUUGGUCAUCGUUGGGACGACUCAAAAGCCCUCCUGUCGAGUUUUGAGACUCCAUCCGAAAAUUUGCUUACCUCUUUACGCCAUCGAAAGCGCAGCAUCGAGGAGCUUUCUCGCAACAGCCACAGCCCCCCAAAUCACAUGUCACAGCUAAGCUAUGAUCCAAAUACUAUGAGAUCUGCGUUCGCGAAUCCAGGAGCGUUACAGGGAGGACAUCCGGGAUAUUAG